CUUUGCUUAGGCGCAGUUUACCUAUUGCAACAAAAGCAAAUCAACAGAAAGUUACAUAUAUAAGUGUAAUGACGUUGGAGAUUGGUUUUGGGAAGAAGGGUAUGCAGACAUGGAAAAUUCAAAACAUUUUGCGCACCUACUCAGGACAGGAUACAAAGUUGCAUUAGAAGUAGCUCCUUACAGUUGCAGGGAGGGAGGAAAAAAGGACAACUCAUGCGAUCUGCUCUUGAACAUAUCUCAAAUGUACAGAAAAGAAGCACCGAAGAGACAAGGCAAUCAGGAGGAGGCAGGGAGAGGGAUAGUGCUGGGAGAUUUUUUUGUACAGAUAAGUCUCAUGCAAAUUAUUCCAGCAUUUAUCUAGUGGCAAAUUUUGGUCAACUGGACAAUCAAGAGUGUGGAGUUUUCAGAUUAUUACUUUAAAGUACCAACAUUUAAAGAACACUUAAACAAAGAUCCAGGGAAUGCUGUGAUUCAUCACCUUUAUCAAGAACAUCAAAAAUGAGUCUCAUGAAAGAGCGCAAACCGAAGAAACCUCACUAUAUUCCUCGACCUCCAGGAAAACCAUUUAAGUACAAAUGUUUCCAGUGCCCUUUUACAUGCAAUGAGAAAUCACACCUGUUUAACCACAUGAAGUACAGUUUGUGUGAAAAUUCUAUUUCAUUAGUGACAGACCAGGACCAAACAGGAAAAUGUGCAAAAGUGAAUGCUGAUGCAACCAAUCUACCCAAUCAGAAAGACUGUGCACCAAAUGUGAACUAUGACUCAAGGUUGUCAAAUAGUAACCCUAUUCAAAAUUCAGACUACAGAAAAGCUGAUAAAACUACAAGCCAUCAGGUCACCGAUAAAGAAAUGAAAGAAAAUACCAGAACGGAUGAUCAAAAUUUUACUCCAGUCACAAAAACAAAACAGAAGGAACCACUUCGGAAAAUUCCUAUAGAAAAUGAAACUGAACAAGGAAGAGCUUUUGAAAAAGAUGAAAGGUCAUCAGCUUUCUUCCCUGUUGGGGAAUUGAAACUCACUGAUAGACCAGAAAAAGACAAUGAAAAGACACAUUUUAUUCCAGUAAAUUCAAACAACAAGGCAUCCGCCAUCCCAAUAAAGUCAGCAUUUUACAGCCCUGGUGACCAACAUAGAGCAUGUCCUCCUUCAACUUCACCAGAGCUUUCCAAGAAGUAUACUGUGAAUAAAUGUUUUGGUUCAAUUCCUCCUAAUACAUCACCACUGAUUCCAGAUUACACCCAUCAUUAUUACAGUGAACGUGGUCUAGGAGUAGUCUUUUCACCCUAUCUCCUCACUGGCAAGCCUGUUGAAUACGACAGCCCAGGUAUUUCACUCUAUUUUUCUCCUGAACAGCAGAAUUUUUCAUCACCUCAUCUACAAAACAGAGGCAUGACUUUGCCAAGGCACAUUGUUCCAUCAACAUUAGAGCAGUACAAAAUUCUACAUCAUUCACACCUUCCCAUUCCUUAUGGUGUUCAUCAUCUCAACCCAGCUGAAUAUGGUAUCCCUCAGUUUGGUCUAAAGUCUCAACAAGCAAAUAACUCCAACAGAAAUCAAGAUCUGCACCCGUCAGUUGGCAAUCCUUCACUAUAUGAAACCUCACCACCACCACAACUAUAUUUCCAGAACUCUCACAGAAGACUUUAUAAUGAAUUGGAGAACCCUGUUCCAAUGUCCUUAUCAAAAGAUAAUGAGAGUAAAGUAUUGGGAAUGAAUAGUAAUUCACACACACCGGAAAAAAGUACAAAAAUGAGCCCUAAAGCUGGAAGUGCAGCAAUGGGCUCUCCAGGCCGACCAAGCCCAACAAUGCAUGUUCAAAAAAGCAUGGUUUCAGAAAGUUGUGACGAAUUGCCUAAUUUUGUUUCAAACUCAAAUAAUAAAACUAACAGACUGGAUGAAAGCUUCACCCCCUUGAGAUUAGUCAGAAGUACCAUGAAUCUACAAUCAAAUGAAGUCCACGUUCAACAUGACCAACCAGAAAGUCAAGGAACAGUCAGCAGAAUCCUUUCACCCAAUGUGGAUUCUAUAUCCAAUCCAACUUAUUCUAAUGUUACCAUUUUGGAUUACUACCAUGGCAAUACUCUGGUACCGACCAACUUAAGUUCAACUAGCAUGAAACCGCUAAACCUUUCCAAAAAAAGUAAAGCAAAAUCGGAAUUGGACCAGCAGCCUGGAACUACGAAUAAAAAUUUGCUACAGGAUUCAAGUGAAGGUACAUCAGACGGCAAUCAUUUCCUUCUGGUUAGAGAGUUUGAAACUUCCACAAAGGUACAGGACGUACCUUUAAAUCUUUCACUUAAAGCAAACCACAAUCAUAGUUUGAAAACAGCUGAAGAUUCUAUUCCAUUCGACGUCGAUUUCAAAGACUCAAGGGUAAAAGCAAAAAGCUUAAAUGUCAACAAGUUUCUCCAUUCAGACUUAAAUAUUCAUUCAGCAGAAGACCCGAAUAUAGGCAAAGGUUGCCACAAAGCAAAUAAAUGUAAAAGUCAGACAGAAAAAGCUGCAAACUUGCAAACAAUAAAUGAUGUCCAAUGCACUGAAUGCUGUAACGAUGAACAGAAGCAGUCGGCUGCUGUGGCUCUUUGUCAGUUAGCUAGAUGUGACAAAAGAAAAUAUGAUGAGGAAUGGUCUGUUCCACCAUAUGGAGAGCUGGCUAGUAAAGAGGAACCAAGCUACAAAGAAAAGCACAAAUGUAAUUCCUCUGCAGUUGAAGAAGUAAAAAAACAAAAAUCAAGGUAUCAGAAAAGAUCAAAUGAAGGAUCAGUUAAAUCAGAUGUAAAAAUCAAUGACUGUGAUAGAAUAUUCAGUCUGAGAAAGAGAACUAAAGUUGCAUGAAACAGAACAUCUUCAACUGAAACCAAUAACAAGAUGAACUAUUAAACUAUGUAAAGUUGAUGGCAAUGGUUUACAUCAACAAUUAGUCACAAAGAUGUGGAAUACAACCUGGAACAUAUUUGUGUUCAAGGUCUUUAACUUUCAACUGUACACACUAUAUUCAGUGUUGGUUAAAAGAUUAUAGUGAAACAAGACAGCAUAUGGUUGAAGUUAGCAGCUCAUGUACUUUCAGUUUGAAUUGCAUUAUAUGGUAUGGUAUGGUAUUGUGCUGAUCAGGCUGAUAGAUACGACAUGGAUAGGAUUAAGAUGUAAAGUGAGACAAUCAUUCUUUAGGGAGAUCAUGUUUUUAUUUGGAGCUCUUUCUUCUUAAAUAUAUAAAGAAUAUAUCUAAGUGAAAAGAAUUUCAAUACAAGAAGCUGCAAAAUAACGUAAACUCCAAAAAAUUAUCUGAUUCCUUCUCUGAAAGUGAGUUGCUUUACACAACUACCUCACAAGAAAUAAGUAGCAUGUUUCAUUUGUUUGUAAAAUGUUCUAAGUAGCCUUGUUCAACAACCAAUAUAACCAAUGUUCAACAUCCUCUUACAGUUGUAAAAACAUUAUUGAUACGAACUACUUUAGCAGACACUAAUAGAGAAUAGUGAAAUCAGGGGUCCCAUUGUAAACAUGCAAAUCAGCACUAGCAAUUCAUUGCAUCUCGGUUCCACAAGCAAAGACUAAGUAUUUCCAAUAUUAUCAACUCCAGAAAACAUAAUCAUUUAUGACAACACAUAAAUAACCACUUCUUCUUGCAUAUAUAAAAAACUUACUGAGAUUCUGUUUUUUUUCCCCAAUCAUAUGUAAUGGAAUCUUGCGAGGUUAACACAUAACAAUCUGGAUUAUCAAUGACUAGGCUGCACCAAUACGAAAAGGAAAACAAGGUCCUGGCUGCUGCCCACAAGCCCUCUCCAUAGUCACCAGACAUUUUCUGACUUAGCCCAGAAAUGGUUGGCCCAUCACACCGGCUUGAAAUGUCCCAGACUACCGAGCA